AGUUCCCCUUGUUAUGGCUGCUGGGAUUUAAUGGAGGAUUAUUUUUUUUUUUUUGCUGCAUGGAUCCCCUGGCUUGAAGUUAACUGACAGGCAUAACAUGUUCGCACCCAAGACAGCCUCCAGCAUAUGCAUGUAUGAGAUUCAGGGCUGCAGUCUAAAAUUCAUAUCACCAAGUAGAAACAUGCAUCUCCAGCCCAAGGAAAAAGGUUCAUCUGUUACAGUAGCAAAGACUACAACUCAGUAAGCUGUUAAGUAUAUAUGGGUUUACAAACUGUAAAAUUCAUAUGGUCAAUGCUUGAUACACCAACUCGGAGUCUAUGCAACUUAGCUACGGGAAUAUCUUGACCUCUCCAUCUAGUUUGCAAAAAUGCUGGCACCUCCUAUGGAUUUGCCUUGUGAGGCCCAUCUCCCCUCCUGGACAAGCUGAUAUGCUGAAGAAUGGCGCCAUUUCCAUUAUCACAAGCAAGGCAGGAGGAGAAACAAUCCCCGUUUCUCCCAACUAACUUGAUGAGUUUCCAGGCCAGCGAUACUGCAGUGGGCAUGGAUCCUCCACAACCACUUGCAUUGGCUUACCGAGAUCUUCCACUGCCGCCUGCAUUGCCUUCCUGCCACAGCAAUGACUCCAAACCUCUGACCAAGCAACUGCAUGCGGUGCUCCAAACAGUGGUGGAAGCGGGUGUGGCACAACUAAAAGGAGUGUUUACGACUAUUAGAGGUACAGGUUAUAUGAGAUGCAUGCAGAGACGAUUGAGGGAAUCAUGCCAAGUGGCUUCAAGUAUGCUGAUGUUUUCAUUUGGCACUGGCAUCUAUCUUCCAUGGAACAACUGCACCAAUCUGAGCAAGGGAUCAUUUCACUUGAGAUAUAGAAAAGGAGUCACUCUGGAGAGGAAAGGGCAGAAGAUAUUAUCCCAGGCAAAUAUUUGAUAUGGCUUUGAUCGCUGAAGUGUGGGCUCUAACUAAUGGGAAAAAUUAGCAAAUUAUUUUCUGAAUUCAUUGAGAUGUAUCAGCAAUCCAAGCCAAUAAGCAUGCACAUUUGUGCCGUUCCCUAGGAGCAACAUUUCGCUGCUAUAUGUCACCUGUUCCAAAGGAUGUUACAAACUUCAGACUACUCUGUAGCUAAAUAUAAAUUAAGUUUCUUUGGCCGUCACA